UUUACCCCGCUGUUAAGUGCAUCACGAAAGGGAUACACCGACGUUGUUGCGGCACUCUUGAAGCACGGAGCAAAUGUGAGCAACCGAGGCCCAAAUGGCGUCACAGCUCUUCUUCUGGCGUGCUCUGAGGGCCACCUCCCCACUGCCCGGGUGCUGGUAGAUGGGGGAGCGGUGGUGGAUUCUACAAACGACGACGGUGGUUCUCCCCUUUGGGCUGCAGCAGUAGAAGAUCACGACCAAGUUGUGAGGUUGUUGGUAGAGUGUGGCGCA